UCGCAAGAUAUAUACGUCAACAUGACAACAGCGCGUCACCACUUCCGACGCACGUUGUUCGUUAGCUGUUUAGCAAUUAGCAGUUAGCAGGGAAAUCCACCAGUCUUCACAUGGCGAAUGGGUGCGACGACGUCUUGUUUGUACGAGGAACUGGCCAGAGUGAUGAUUCGGAUAUAUGGGAUGACACGGCAUUGAUAAAGGCUUAUGACAAGGCAGUUGCAUCAUUCAAGACUGCCCUGAAGGGUGAAGAUGAGCCGCAGCCCUCUAAGAAAACCCAACCAGGAAAAAAACGGAAGAACAACAAAAAGAACCAGAGCAGGAAAAGAACCAAUGCACCACCAGAUAAAGAGUGGCAGGUUGGGGACUCCUGCAGUGCGUACUGGUCAGAGGACGGCCAGCUGUACGCAGCUACCAUCUCCUCCAUAGACGAGAACAGGGGCACUUGUAUAGUCGUUUUUACCGGUUAUGGCAACGAGGAGGAGCAGAACCUUGAAGACUUGCUUUCAGAGAUUUCUGAGGGCGAUGAGGAAAAAAAUAUAAAGGUAAAUGAGGUUGAGUCAUCAACAGAGGAGAGUGACAGAUCAACUACACCAAACCAACACAAACAGCAUCCCCACAGUAAACCCCCGAAGUCCAGAGGCCACAGAGAUCCUCCUCCAAUGUGGGGUCCUGGUUUCCCCGGGUUUCCUCCAGGCCCGCCACCCAUGCACUCGUCCAGACAGGGGGGAGGCAGACGAUCAGCUGGUCAUGGGCCGGUGCCUCCUUCCUGGCCUCCCAUGAUGCCUUUUGGUCCACCAAUGAUCCCUCCACCUCCACCAAUGAGCCCUGACAUGGUGGAUGAUGAGGCCUUGGGCAGCGUGCUCAUCUCCUGGUACAUGAGUGGAUACCACACAGGAUACUACUUGGGGUUGAAACAAGGACGCAAAGAAGCUGCUAAUUGGACGAAACUGCACCACAAAUGAAACGAUCAAAUCAAGAUUUCAUAGUUUCUGUGACUCGGGGCAUCACCUGGAGCAGCAGCCAUCCUCCCUGUUGUGCCUGAUGCGUGUCCUCCCUGUCUCAAACAGAAAUGGUAUAAAUGAAGCGUACAUGCCACGUGAGUUCAAGGAGGACAGUUUUGUAUUCUUUGUAAAUAGGUGAAAUAAAUGGUAUCAGAGCACAGUUGAUAA